AUGAUUUACAGCAGCCAAGAGUCGCUGGACAUUCCCAACGUCGACUUGCUGACGUUUCUGUUCGACCACAAAUUUUCGCGCUCCCAAGAAGAUACGUUACUGCACGCGGAGGCGCACGAUCCCGCCAAGGGCAUCACAAAGGCCCGCGCGCGCGACCUCACCAAGCAGCUCGCCCAUUUUCUCCGGCGCGAGUAUGGAAUCGGCAAGGACGGCGGCCCGGGGAGCGACGUGGUCAUGGUCGUCUCAUCGGGCCAGUCGGCGCUCCCGUGCCUCUUUUACGGCGUCAUCGCCGCCGGUGGCAUCUACUCGGCCGGGUCGCCCAUGAACACGCCGUCGGACCUGGCGCGGCAGCUCCGCGACGGGCCGGGCAAGGUCCUUGUGUGCAGCAAGGACGCCGUCGAGGGUGCCGUCAAGGCGGCCGAGGAAGCAGGGCUCUCGCAGCGCCACGUCCUGGUCCUCGAAUCGCACCCCGAAAUUAAGCUCUACAGCGUGGACGGCGCGGUGGCCUGCGACUUUCGCGGCAAGCUCGACUGGAGGGUCGUAACGGACCCGGAGGAGCUCGAGAAGAGCAAGAUAUGCAUCCUGUACUCGUCGGGUACCACUGGGCUGCCAAAAGGCGUGCUCGUGUCGCAUCAGAACAUGGUGGCCGAGAUUUUCCUCACGAGCUCCGUGGACCGCAAGUACUGGGACAAGCAGCCGGCGUGGACGAAGCGCACGCUGGCGCACCUGCCCGCGGCGCACAUUGCGGGUGUCGUCAACUAUUUCGCCGCGCAGUUUUCGGCCGGCGCCACGACGUACUGGAUGCCCAAGUUUGAGUUUGGCGACUUUGUCAAGCACAUUCAGGCGCUGCAGGUCAACAUCUUCUUCACGGUGCCGCCCAUCUACAUGGCCAUUGCCAAGCACCCGGCCGUCAAGGAGCAGUUCUUCCCCAUGAGGCAGGCGACGGUGGGCGCGGCGCCGGUGAGCGCCGAGAUGCGCACCGAGGCCAACAAGAAGAUGCCGAAUCUCGUCAUCGGCCAGGUGUGGGGGAUGAGCGAGACGACGGGCGCGGCAACGUACACGGCUGUCAAUUCGCAGGAACAGGCUGGCAGUCUCGGGGAGUUGCUGCCGAAUCUUUCCGUCCGCCUUGUUGACGAGGAAGGAAACGACACGGCUCCGGGAGAGCCGGGCGAGAUUCUCAUCAAGGGGCCGAUUGUCACCCAGGGCUACCACAGAAAUCCUGAAGCCAACGAGAAGACUUUUACGACAGACGGCUGGAUGCGGACGGGAGACAUUAUGCGCAUUGACUCCAACAAUCUGUACCAUAUUGUAGACCGCAAAAAGGAACUGAUCAAGUACAAGGGGCUACAGGUCGCUCCCGCCGAACUCGAGGGCUAUCUAGAAUCUCAUCCCGCAGUCGGCGACGCCGGCGUCAUUGGCGUGCCGUAUAGAGACACAGAGGCACCUAAGGCGUUUGUCGUACUGACCCCGGCCAGCAAGGGCAAGGUCACUGAGCAGGACUUGAUGCAGCAUGUGCACAGCAAGGUUGCCGACUACAAAAAGCUACGCGGCGGGCUGGUUUUUGUCGACGUCGUGCCCAGAAGCCCGAGUGGGAAGAUUCUGAGAAAACAGCUUCGCGAAGCAGAGAAGCGCACGUCCAAGAUCUAG